ACCGGAAGUCAACAAGGCGCUAGCAGCGUUAGCAUCGUUAGCUCUGUGUGUGUGUGAGAGGUGAAUGUGUUGAGUGUGUGCAGCAACAAUGUCUUCAGUUCAGUCUCUGAGAGAGUUUAUCAGCGAGCGACUAACUGCUGCUGCUGAAGAAAUAUUCACAGAGUUUGAAAAAACCAUCGUCCGGUACGAGGAAGAGAUCGAUCGUCAGCGCAGACUGCUGGACAUCAGCUGGAAACCUCACACACACCUGCACACAACAGAACUUCAGCAGAAUUACAACUGGAAAGAAGACGAAGUUCUCGCUGAGUUGCAGAUCAAGAACCAGGAGUGGAACUCUGGUUUUGGCCAGGAGGAUCCAAAACCUCCAGCAGGAGAUCAACAACCUCAAAAAAGUGAAGACCAGGAGGAACAACGAGUACAGAUAAAAGAGGAACAGGAGGAACCAGAACCUCCACAAUUGAAUCAGGAACAGGAAGAAUCAGAACUUCCACAGACAACAGGGGAACUGGGAGAACCAGAACCUCCACAGAUGAAAGAGGAACAGGAGGAACUCUGUAUCACUCGGGAUGAGGAGCAUCAAGUUUUGAAGCUGGAGGAUGAGACCUUCAUGGUGACAGUUGACUUUGAGGAAAGAAUCCACAGGGAACCAGAACCAAACUGGGACCAACUCCCUUCACAGAACUUUCCUCAUACUGAGAACCAAGACCAGGAAGAUGUAGGAACUUCUGGAGACAGAGAACUAAACCCCAAGAACCGACCUGACAGAAGCCAAAGUAGUGAUGUGAAAAACUUUUCAGGAAAUCUGUUUGAUCCUGAGGCUGAAGGGAAACCUGUAAAAUGUGAUGUUUGUGGAAAACGCUUUAGGGAUAAUCAUCAAAUGAAGGAGCAUAGAAGAAUCCACACUGGUGAGAAGCCCUUUACCUGUCAAACAUGUGGAAAAAGCUUCUCUUUAAAAAGUCGGUUAACGAUUCAUAGAAGCACCCACACUGGUGAGAAACCAUACUCAUGCAAAACAUGUGGUAAAAGUUUCACUAAACGUCAAAUAGUGAUCCACAUGAGAAUGGGCCAUAUGAGACUUCACACUGGAGAGAAGCCCUUUUUGUGUAAAAUAUGUGGUAAAUGCUUCACUCGAAGGAGCGGUCUGAAGAUUCACAUGAAAACACACACUGGUGAGAAGCCCUUUUUGUGUAAAUCCUGUGGCAAACGCUUUUCUUUGAACUGUACUUUAAAAGCCCACUUGAGAACUCACACUGGUGAGAAGCCCUUUUCCUGUGAGACAUGUGGCAAUUGCUACUCUCAGAAGAGCAGUUUGAUCAAACACAUUCGAACUCACACCGGUGAGAAGCCCUUUACCUGUGAGAUAUGUGGCAAGAGCUUCUCUCAGAAGAUCCAUCUGAUCAGCCACACUAGAACUCACACUGGUGAGAAGCCAUUUUGCUGUGAGAUAUGUGGUAAAAGUUUCAGCCAAAAAAGGACUUUGAGUGAUCACAUGGAAACUCACAUGGGUGAGAAGCCCUGUACUUCCUCUAAACCUCUGCUAGAGCAGCUUGUUCUGAAGCAGGAGGCCAAUACCUUCAUGGUGACGUCUGCCCAUGAGGAACGGGACCAUAUUAAACUAGAACCAAACUGGGAUGAAGUCCUUCCUGAGAUCAGAGACCAGUUAGGUUCAGGACCAUUUAGAGACCAAGAACUAAACCCAAAGAGUAGCCCUGACAGAAACCAAAGUGUUUUAGAGACACGGUGUGAGGCCCAGAUGGACAGAAAAAUUGCUAAAUACGAUAUUUGUAGGAAAGGCUUCAGCAGUAAAUAUAGGAUGGACAUUCAUCGAAGAGUCCACACUGGUGAGAAGCCCUAUGCCUGCACAACCUGCCAGAAAACGUACAAACGUAGAGACUACUUGUUGAACCACAUGAGAACUCACACUGAACUCCCGCAGCAUUUUGUCUGGAGACGUGAGGAGCUGGAGGUUCCCACUGAGCAGCAGCUCAGGAACCACAAGAUGAACUCUGGAUUGGACCAGGAGGAACCACAACCUCCAGCAGGAGAUCAUCAACCACAGAAAACAGGAGACCAGGAGGAACCCAGACAUUUACAACAAGAGGAACCUGAACCUCCAGAGGAAGAACCAGACCUUCCAGAGAAGGAACCAGAAUCACAAGUUAAAGAACCAGAACCUCCACGGAUGAAAGAGGAACAGGAGGAACUCUGCAUCAGUCAGGAUGAAGAGCAGCUUGGUGUGAAGCUGGCAGCUGAGACCUUCAUGGUGACUGUUGGCUUUGAGGAAAAAGAUCACUGGGAACCAGAAGCAAACUGGGAACAACUCCUUCAGAAUUCUUCUGAAACUGAGACUCAAGAUCAGGAAGGAAGCAGGACUGAAGAUCCUGGAUCCAGCAGAGAAGAGGAGCUGACACAGAAUGAGAGACGUCCUCAAACCAGAGAACAUGGAGACGAUGUGGACAGUCCAGAACUGAAGAGACACAAGAAAAGUCACACAGCAUGUCAACCAAGACAGCCCAGCAACAUCCAGAACUUUGAGGAGUGCAGGGCAAAUAUCUUCCAGUACAAAAGCUACCUCGUAAUCCUUAGAUGUAGGUAUGGAAGAACCAACCCCAAAGACCCCUGA